CGACGCGUAUGCACAGUGUCAAAGCUAAACGCGCUGCUACCUUGCACAUAAGCCUCGGACGGUCGCGACGCGUCGUCCGGCACAGCAUUACUCCAAGGAGCAAGCACUCGACCGCAGCACGCCGUCGCAGCGAUACAACUCAAGCAGAGCACUCUCUGCAAGCACUGCACGUCAAGCGACUCCGACGCGACGCUAGAGACACAACUAAGAAGCGACGAUGCGCUACCGUUCGACCAGAGGCGGCGUCGAGGACUGCGGGUUUGUGGAUGCGGUCCUCAUGGGCCUCGCGCCGGACCGUGGCCUGCUCGUGCCGAAGACGAUCCCCAAAGUCGACGCUGCGACGCUCGAGAAAUGGUCAAAACUGCCCUUCGCGUCUUUAGCGACGGAGAUCAUCUCGCUCUACAUCGAUGAAAGCGAGAUCAGUCGAGCCGAACUCGAGCAGCUCACGAAGACGGCCUACAGCAACUGGAGGAGUGAGCAUGUGACGCCCGUCCACCACUUGGACGGCGACUACCAUUUGCUGGAGCUGUUCCACGGGCCUACUUAUGCGUUCAAGGACGUCGCCUUGCAGUUCCUCGGCGUUUUAUUCGAGCUCAUCCUGACCAAGAAACCGAAGGGCCAAGAAAGAUUAACGAUCAUCGGAGCUACAAGUGGAGACACCGGCUCGUCCGCCAUCGCGGGCGUGCGCGGCAAGGAGGGCGUCGAGUGCUUUAUUUUGUACCCCGAGAACCGCACCUCCCCAAUCCAAGAAGCGCAGAUGUGCGCGUAUGAUGAUGAGAACGUCCACGCUCUCGCAUUACGAGGCGCCUGUUUUGAUGAUUGCCAAAAGAUAGUAAAAGGCCUGUUCGCGGACCAGCAAUUUCAUGCCAGACACUCGUUGGGUGCCGUGAACUCGAUCAACUGGGCGCGCAUCGUCGCGCAGAUCGUCUACUACUUCUACGCCUCGUUCCAGGUCGAUGCCGCACCGGUCUUUUCGGUGCCGACGGGCAAUUUCGGCGACGUCUUGGCAGGCUGGUACGCGAAGGAGAUGGGCUGCGCUUGUAGAGGUCUCGUGGUGGCCACGAACGCCAAUGAUAUCCUAGCAAGGUUCUUCGCGUCGGGCACUUACUCGAGGCCGCCGUCGGCCGUCGAGACGCUAGCACCCAGCAUGGACAUCUGUGUUAGCUCGAACUUCGAGCGCUUCGUCUUCCACUGCUCCGGGAAUGAUGCGGCCCAGACCAAGUCGUUGAUGGAUCAAUUCGAGAAGACGGGCGCGUUCACGGCGCCGCCAGCAUUAAAGGCGAAGGCGCAAGCCGAGAUGAAGGCGGCUUCGGUCCAGAAGGAGGAGAUUCUCGCUACGAUCAAAUCCAGGAAGGAGGCUACGGGCUACGUGUUGGAUCCUCAUACUGCCUGUGGCGUGCGAGCCGCUGAAGAUCUGAAGUCGCAGUUAGGUGCUGGGCCGGUCAUCUGCCUCGCUUGCGCGCACCACGGCAAGUUCCCCGCUGCUAUUAACGCGGCUCUUGGUGAUGAUGCGAAGAGUGUGCCUCCUGAGAAAGCGCUCACUGACUUAUUAAGUGUGCCGCACCGCAAGGACAUCUUGGAAAAUUCGGCGAGAGCCGUGAUCGACUUCGUCGAGAAGACGAUGGCCUCGCGCAAGCCGGCGGCGAAGAAGGCGCGGACGGCGUGAGUGGUCGCGUCGGCCGGCGUGCGGCUGGCGCACGCAUCCCCUGGGCCUUCCUUGGGAGUAAGGUUGGAUUCCCCAUA